AUGUUAUGUAAAGUUUCAGCUUUAAAGUCCGUACGCGGGUUCAGUGCGGCCUUUGAUAAGGAUGACACUGUGGUGUACCUGGGCUGUCCCAGCAUUAUAAAUGGAUUUCAGGUAGAUAUAACACAGCCUGAAGGUUAUGUACUGAAGUUUGACCUGGAUGCUCCUGAAUACCCACAUGAGAGACAUCUAGGGCAGGAGUGUGGCCAGGAGUCUCACUAUGAAGGCUGGGCCAUGACUCAGAGGAUGCUUGCUUCUAGCAGUGUGGUGGUGACUUCCUGUGGUAACCAGAAGAGAGUGGUGGAGCUGGAGAUGAUGACACAGUUGCUGGAGGGAGCAAGGGACACUGGAGAACUGCUGGGGUCGGUGCUGGAGAGCUGCGAUCUUGAUGGAGAUGGUGAGGAUGAGGUGCUGGUGGGUGCUCCUCUAGGGAAAGUACAUACCUCUUCAGGCUACACCGAACCUGGCAAAGUCAUCAUCCUGGGAACCAAGGUUUGCCAUCACACUAAUAUAUUCAUGGGGAAGUGCUAGACCAAUACUGUGCAGCUCCUGGGGAAUAAAAGGUAAUCAAGUUUGAUCUAGAGAAUAGAGAAUGGCUCCAGAAGUCUGAAUCAAGAGCCCCACACUGUCAAGGUACAAUAAUAAGCAUUUGCUGUUUUUUCUAACUGCACAUCUCAGGGAAGGUACCUUGAUGCCAGUAAUGGGAGCUUGAUUCAAGAACCUGGAUUUUCCUUCCCUUGGACUAUAUUUGAAUGCCUGCCUUUCUCCAAGUGCAAUAUGACCCCUUAUGGGUUUUGUGCUUCCCCUUGAUUAAAAAAUUCUUGCAUAUUCAAUGACCUAUACAAGUUU